AUCAACGCAUGCCAAUUUUUGCUCUGCUUUCUUAUAUGAACCACUGAAAAGCCGAGCCUUUCUCAGUCUCUCUCUCUAUCUGAACCCAUGACGACGUCGUUUCGAUCCCCGGCGGGCGCCGCCACUGUGUUUUCCUCCGAUCAGAAGAUUCUCAACGCUCUGAGAUCCUCUCGUUCUGUUUUCCUCGGAAGAAACGUUCGUGGUGGUGUUCAUUCUCUACCUCCAUCGUCGUCAUCUUCAUCAUCAAUCCAAGCCGUAUCCACUCCUGAGGCAGCAGCGAAAGCCACCAAGAGGAGUAAGGUCGAGAUCAUCAAGGAGAAGAGUAACUUCAUCAGGUACCCUCUCAACGAGGAGCUCCUAACAGAAGCCCCCAAUGUCAACGAAUCCGCCGUGCAGCUCAUCAAGUUCCACGGAAGCUACCAACAGUACAACCGUGAGGAACGCGGCGGAAGAUCAUACUCCUUCAUGCUCCGCACCAAGAACCCGAGCGGCAAAGUCCCCAACCAGCUCUACCUCACCAUGGACGACUUAGCAGACGAGUUCGGCAUCGGCACGCUCCGUUUAACCACCAGGCAAACGUUCCAGCUCCACGGCGUUUUAAAACACAAUCUCAAGACCGUGAUGAGCUCGAUCAUCAGAAACAUGGGGAGCACUCUUGGAGCUUGCGGUGAUCUGAACAGGAACGUUCUUGCUCCGGCCGCGCCUUACGCGAGGAAAGACUAUCUAUUCGCGCAGGAGACGGCUGAUAACGUCGCGGCGCUUCUCAGUCCUCAGUCGGGGUUUUACUAUGACAUGUGGGUGGAUGGUGAGCGGUUUAUGACGGCCGAGCCGCCGGAGGUUGUCGAGGCGAGGAAUGAUAACUCUCAUGGGACUAACUUCGUCGACUCUCCUGAGCCUAUUUAUGGCACUCAGUUCUUGCCGAGGAAGUUUAAGAUCGCUGUGACUGUGCCUACGGAUAACUCUGUUGAUCUUUUGACCAAUGACAUUGGUCUUGUUGUUGUUUCUGAUGACAAUGGGGAGCCUCAGGGCUUCAACAUAUAUGUUGGUGGAGGUAUGGGAAGAACACACAGAAUGGAGUCUACUUUUGCACGCAUUGCAGAACCGCUAGGUUAUGUACCUAAGGAGGAUAUCUUGUAUGCUGUGAAGGCCAUAGUUGUCACACAGAGAGAGCACGGGAGAAGAGAUGAUCGCAAAUACAGUAGAAUGAAGUAUCUGCUCAGUUCCUGGGGAAUUGAAAAGUUUAGAGACGUGGUUGAGCAAUAUUAUGGUAAAAAGUUUGAGGCUUCACGUGAUUUGCCAGAGUGGGAGUUCAAGAGUUAUUUGGGAUGGCAUGAGCAGGGAGAUGGUGCAUGGUUUUGUGGGCUUCAUGUAGACAGUGGACGUGUUGGCGGUAACAUGAAAAAGACACUGAGAGAAGUCAUCGAGAAGUACAAACUUGAUGUGCGUAUUACACCUAAUCAAAACAUUGUGUUGUGUGAUAUCAAGAGUGAAUGGAAGCGUCCUAUCACCACAGUGCUUGCUCAGGCUGGCCUACUGCAACCAGAGUUUGUAGACCCUCUCAACCAGACCGCAAUGGCUUGUCCAGCUUUUCCUUUGUGCCCUCUAGCUAUAACCGAGGCAGAGCGUGGAAUCCCCAGCAUUCUAAAGAGAGUGAGAGCAAUGUUUGAGAAGGUUGGUCUUGAUUAUGACGAAUCCGUUGUGGUGAGAGUAACUGGUUGUCCUAAUGGAUGUGCUAGACCGUACAUGGCUGAGGUCGGUCUAGUAGGGGAUGGUCCAAACAGCUACCAGGUUUGGUUAGGGGGAACACCGAACCAGACGCAGAUAGCGAGGGCUUUCAUGGACAAGGUGAAGAUUCAUGACUUGGAGAAGGUCUUUGAACCAUUGUUCUACAACUGGAAACUUGGGAGACAAGCAAAGGAAUCAUUUGGAGAAUUUACAACCCGCAUGGGAUUUGAGAAACUCAAGGAGCUGAUCGAUUCAUACGAAGGAUCUCCCAACAACUAAAACGGGGGAAUAAAGCUUUUCUUUUGGAAUUACACAAAAACAAAGAAUCUAGUCUCAUAUCUUAUUUGUUACUCUUUGGUAACAUGCAUAAAGAUUAUGUAUUAGAUCGUCCAUUUGUACUUUCUACUUGAGUUGAGACCACCAAUAAACAUUUACCCUUUUCAUUUUUUUUUGGUAUGUUUGAUUGCUGUAUGGACAAAAUGAUUACUUUCUGUUUUGGGAAUGGUAAUGUAUUUGCUAUCA